AUGCCCUCCCCAAUCCCAAAACCGUACGCCAUCCUCUUCACCCUCCUCGACCCCCUCAUCGCACUCUGGGGCGCGUCCCUCUUCCUCCUCGCCCCGGCCACGGUAACCUCCUCAUACCUCCCGGCAACCCCCGUCCCCGUCGUUGCCUUCGACCCGGCGACCUCCCACCCCGCUGCCGCUGCCGCUGCCGCCACGGCACCCUCCGAGUCCUAUUCCCUGCCCCUCCACGCCCAGAUCGCAGGCCACCUCCUCUCCAACGCCAUUCUCUCCCUCCUCCUCCCGCGCGCCGCACCCGACAACCUCGCCGUCUGGCGCCUCUACCAGCUCUCCCUCCUGCUCGUCGACAUCUUCCUCCUCUACGGCACUUUCGCGUCCUACGCUCUCCAGGGCCGGCUGAACCCCUUGACCACGUGGCGCGUCGAGGACUGGGGCGCCGUCGGCAUUACUUCGUUGGCGGCGUUGGCGAGGACCGCCUUCCUGUCUGGCGUGGGGUUCCCAAAGCAGCGGAACGAGAGGGUCAAGAAGGCUUGA